AUGCAUCGCUUCUCACGCUCUCGCGGAGAUUCUCAAGAGCCUGAACGCAGCGAAGCACCUNNGUCCCCCUCGACACGUAGCCUGUCUCUUCUCUUCCCACCUAGAGAGUCCUACGACCGUGCCAACAAGAACACAAAGACUUCUCAGACCACGCCAAAUGAGCCUUUGUACGAUCAAAACACGACCAUCACAUUCCCGCUCUCGCUGGACGACGAGCCUAGGAUAAUAAUCGCACAAGAUGACACCGGUGUCUCGAUUGACCGACUUCUCUUCGACUCGCAGUGGUCCCGCAAGGCCAACAGAGACAAAUCUGAAGAUUUGAAUAGCCCAUCAAAGAGUUUUUCUCUCAGGCCUUCUUCGUCUGCAGGCCCUCAGUCCCCAACCAGCAGUGGCUUCCUGCGCACUCAGCACUCUCGAGGUCAUGGAUCUACCAUUUCCGUUGUGCCAGAACGCAAUGGCUCUCCUCCGACUCGACCAUCCAUGCCUCGUCUCGACUCGACCUUCGUCCCUUCCACCCAAUUUCGCCGUACGCCCACGCCAGCCUCACUUGCCGACACUCGAAAAGAUAUCAACGCUCCUGUCGAGAAUACCGCGGAAGAGAUGGAUUCGUGGCUGGAUUGUAUGUUUGGAAAAGCCCCGAUGAGGUACAAAGGCCCUGUCACAAAACUGCAUCAUGUUCAACGACAGCCGCCAGACGAAAAUCAAGACCUUCGUCCACGAUCAUCGCCACGGCCUGGAUUCGGUUCUUACUCUGCAAAGGAGAGCUCUCCUCUCAGGCCUAGCUCUCAGGGUUCGAUCAAGCGAAGAAAGGAUGCUUUACUCAUGUGCACAACCUUCGCAGUCAACAUACAUGACGAGGAUCUUCCUGAGCAAUUACAACAGCCGACAUCCGUUCACGGAGCACGCCAAUCUUGCACACGGAAGAAGCGUUUCAGCACUCCCAUGUUUGGCGUAGCCAUCCUGCUGCCNCUCGCUAAGGCCAACACAUCUCUGGAAUGGACUGCAUCGCAGAGUCAUCUUCUGGAACGUGCCGAUCCUAUGCAAGCCAUCCUCGAAGACUGGCAUAUGUACGCCAGAGCUCUGGACGCUCUCAGAACCACGGCUCUAACGCAGAUCCAGCAAAGACUUCGUGCGAAGGCCGAGGCCCUUGCACGCUCGAAGGCUGCUGUCUCUCCUACAGUUCCUCGUCUAGUCAAGCUCGAGCCAAGCGCAUUCGAACAUACUCCACAAGUUAUCGAAAUGUCCUUGGCGGUUGUCGAUCGCAUAUCGCGUAGCUAUCAAGUGCUACAGGCUGGGCCGCAACGUGACUGGAGUAUAUGGCGGGAUGAGUUGCGGGACUACACCCGUGUCUCACAGGAUGCUGAUUCCAAGAGAGGCUUCUUCAACUUGCACAAAAUCAAUUUCAUGCAAGCUGCUUUAACGGCAGCCUUGACUGUGGAUCUCGGCUGGCUCAGUAUNUUUGCUCCUCCACAGCAUCAUGCCCGUCUACGAGAAGAGCGUCAAAAGACCCAAACUACCUUCGAUCUGGCUCAGAAUCGCACUGUGAUCGUAAGCAUGGACCAGAACAAGGCUCGGAAUCUUGUAUUCAUCUUUGCAAAGCUAUUCCCUUGUCCGACAUCGGAAGCACAAUUCGAAGGUGUCAGGCGCUCCUCUUCGAGCAGUUUAUCAUCUUCCAACAAGCCAGUCUCUGCACUGACGCAGGGCUUGAAGAGCGCAGAGCAUGCUCCGAAUCAUAACCUGACCAUCGACAGCGCUAAAGCUCAAACAAAUGGACAUAAAGUCAACGAUGCCCCUCGUACUCCCACCAUAUUCGAGCCGAUGCUUCAUGCCUCUCCUAGCACUUCACCAGCAAAAUCAUUGUCCGUAAAUAACUCAGCAUCAUCCACGCGGAAAUCUAGCAUCGUCAAUACCUCGGGUAAAAUCGAUAUAUUGGCCAAGGCAACCAUGGCCGUGCCAAUCAGCGCGCCAACGUCGAGCCGUAACACGCCCUCAGGCUCCCCAGAGACACGUCCUAGUAGUAGUCUGAACGCUCAGGGAGAUUUGAUGCGACAUCUACAACGCGCAGGCAGCACGACUACAAGUAAUGGCAGCACCGAUAACACGAGUCUGUGGAACAGUUUUCGAAGCAGCACCUGGAGUCUCAGACCUCGUCGCGAAUCCUCUUUGACCGAGAGAAGUGAUAGCUUUGCCAGCAGCGGGCAGCGCGAGCAGCCUACAAGUAUCUUGAAGACUAGCAAAAGCUUUGCAGCUCGCCAAAGUUCCAAUAAGCUAGUGCGUAUGGUCGAAGAACUACACGGUACAGAGGAACUCGACCAGCCCAAUAGUCAACAGACCUCGAGAAGAAAGAAGAAUUCAUCCCAUGUAUCACCAAUCACCAUGGCUCACAAGACCUCUGCUUUGCAGUUCGACCCACCAGCCUCCGACUAUGCCGGUAUUGCCUAUACCUACAAUCAGGACGAGGGCAUCGUUGAUGUCGACUUCCCAGGAUGCACAUCUGCCCUCAGUGCUAGCCGUAGUCUUUCACCUAAAGUGUCAAGAUUCAAAGUACCAGGUGACAGGGGCCGCUUCCCUCUUCAUAAAGCUGCCGCACAUGAAAACAGCGAGGAGAAGAAAACCCAUGACUCUCAAGGUUUCGCCCGCUACGACAGAAUCGCUGGAUAUCUUGGAAAGUUUCAUCCAGAUUUUGCUUUGCAGGCCACCAGACCUUAUGCCGAGCUUGUUAGUGAGAUCAAGUGCGCGAUGCGGGCUGAGCCAUCGCCCAUGGUUGAGCCGUCAGAGAAUCUCAGAGUGUUUAGUCAAGAGACAUGGAUCGAUGUCUGCUCUACUGUUAUAAUGGAUGCUGACGCUAUGACGGUCAAGAGAUUAACUCUUCGUAGACGCGUUCGGUAUAAGUUGAUCGUGCCUGAUGAUUCGCCUAACCUGCCGAGGCAUGUCUCUACUGCAAACGGACGAAAGCAGUCAACCUGCUCAUCGAAUGGCAGUGGAUCUGAUCAGGACAGUCAGAUUAAGGUCAUCAAGUCAGACGAUAUGGAUUCGAUCUCACGCACAUACAAACGCAACGACAACGGUCAGAAGACUGGCUUCCGCGACAAAAGGAUUGUCAAGACUGAUCUUCCCAAUGGAGGAGAGGGUGAACUCAACAAUCAUGUUGCAGGACGUCAUUCGAUUGACGCUCUUGGGAACAUCCUGUCCAAAAACGCCGAAGCAGAGGCCAAUUCGUCCAGUUCUCCAUCCUCGCGCACUAACGGAGGUCGAGUCGACUCACCUAUGAUGGUCAAGGAUCAGUCUGCGCUCCUCGAUCACCGUCCAAGCACCACCAUUGUUAUUGAGGAUGAUCUGUCUGCAUUUAUUGAUCACCGCAAGACCAACAGCUUCCCUGCUAAAGAAGCAUCGGCCAUGGUGACCGCGACAAAGAGAGUGCCCAUCCACAAUAAGGAGGGCAAGAUCAGUGGCUGGAAGGAAGUCUCUACCAACAAGCCUGAUGAACCUGGCGUGAAUGACUUGCCGACCAGUUUCGUUGAGAAGCGACGCGACAAAGCAGCAGCAGUCGUAGAAUGCCAGACUCUUGCGGAGAAGUUUGAGGAAGAGACGAUCAGUAAGCCUGACCCUGCAGUGGUUACUCUCUUGCAACAAAUGCUCGCAACCAGCGAAACGCGUUCACGCAUUCACUCUCGAGCCAAUUCUGUGCACAGCCGCGCACCCAGUCGUUCCAAUUCCAUUAGCGGUUCAGGUCUAACCGAGCUGCAAUACGAGAGCAAGAAGAUUAUUGAAGAUGCGCUUGAGGGUCUUGUCAGUGCUGUGGCUUCAGACAAGUACACAUCCAACAAUGCUUCUUCUGGCGGACUAUUCAGCUUUGCCAGGAGUGCAAUGUCUACGCCUGAACCAUCUGUUCUCCGACAAAGUAUUUCCAAGUGGAUGUAUGGAGAUGCUUGA